UGUAAUGGUCUUGAUAAAAUUAUUUUGAAAGACAGACCUGCAAGUUCAACCUAGUAACCACCAUCAAUGCAAAUGGGUAAAAUCUCCAUUUUCCUUACUGCUUAUCCUCACUAGUGUGUCAGAUGUGCUGGAGUUUAUCCCAGCUAUUUUUGGGCGAGAGGUGGGGGACCCUCAGAACUGGUCGCCGCAUAUUGAAAUUCUCUUGAGAAAGGCUAAAUAUCACUUUUACUUUGAAUAAUUUUGUUUUGACCCCCAGAACUGGUCGCCACGAGAUUCAUUGACAUUUUUGAUUAAUGGAUUCAGGAGGAAUACAAAUACUGAAAUUCUCAAAAAUGUGACUUGUCUAAUAAUUCUGCACGAAGUGUAAAUUGCCUCAACACAGUUAAGCGCACAAAGGGCCAUGACUUUUUGAACUGGCUGUUUUACAGUUAUAAUUUACCUUGAAUUCCGUAGACAUUGAGCAAGGGUACACAAGCGACCUCUCUGGGAUGCAAAAGAUUUUAUAGGCAUUUGUUAUUCACUUAAUUUACUUGCAUAAAUGCAAUGUUCAAUUAUGUCUACUGUGGUGAUUUCCGAAAGGUUUGUUAAUGUGUUUACUGUAUUUUAAAUAUUCCAUGUAAAAAUUCCGAGGGACUGCGAAUGCGGCACAGCCUUGUGACGAAAGAAUUGUGCGACAGAACUAAACGUGCAUCUACUGUCAUAUUUAACCCUGGAGUGAUAAAAGUUGAGAAAAAGGACAUCAUAAGGUUUGUCUUCAUAAUGUCUUUCUCAAACCAUUUUGCGAAUCUUCCUGUGAACGGUGCUAAGAGUAAUGAUCAGCCCUCUCAUCCGAUCAGUCUUAGCGACGGCAUUGGCAAGCUUCAAAAAAGUACAAGAGCCCAAAAGAGGAUGCGAAGGAACGAGUCACCUGGUUUCUAUCGGAAGAAACCAUGUCACCAGACACAGUCAAGCAGGAUUGAUUUUAGUGCAUGUUCCCAAGGUGAUUAUUCCAACACAAUUAACUACCAUUUGCGGAAGAACACUGACCAUGAGAAUACGAGCACUGGCUUCGCCACGGGGGGACCGUACAAUUAUGGCAGUAACACUGGCCCAAAUUUUAAAACAAAAGUCUAUGUGAACCAGCAACAAACGAGAAAAAAGAAAAUGCACCAGAAAGGUCAACAGCGGGAGCAAAGACAGACUCAAAAUCAGGGAGGAAGACACCAAAUGAAAACUUCAAAGAAGUCCGGAGUCAGUGCACAACCCAGAGAUCGUAGGCCGAACAGAAAUCAUACACAGUCCAUUAAGUCCUUCACACCAGAGUUCAAGGAGCAGAAUGCCUUGUUGAUGAAUGGACAGGUCAUUUGCCGACAUUUCCUUCAUGGAAAGUGCAUAAAGGGUGACAGCUGCCAAAUGCAGCACAUUCAAGCUUGCAACGAUCUCAUCAAAGAAAGUUGCAAGUAUUACAUACAAGAAUGUUGUACUAAAGGGGAGCAAUGCCCUUAUAUGCACAAGUCCUUCCCCUGCAAAUUUUUUCAUAAAAAUGGACAUUGUAUUAAGGGAGAGAACUGUAGGUUUUCCCACGACCCACUUAAUGACAUCACCGUGAAAUUGUUGAAUGAGGCAAUAGAGUUAGAAAUGGCGCUUGCUCAGAAAACUGAACAAUCUUCAGCUCACCCAGCAACAGAUGAACCACAUGUCAAACAAGUUAUCGAUCCAGAUAUACCUGAAGAGUCUAAUAAGGAGUCUGAUAAAUUAGUACAGCCCUUCAGGUUUAACUUCUAUAACAGCGCUGACUCAAAUGCUUAUGAGGGAACUUGUCCGACUGAAGGCAUGGUGGACAUCACUGAACAAGAUGCCCAGCCACAUAAAGCAGUGUGCCAGUCUCCAUUAAUUAACCUCUGUCCCGAGCCAUCUGUUUUAUAUUCCGUUGAAGCGGUGCUGGAACCUCAGUUGUCUCCUGUCUUCAAAAAUUCCACAAGUCCAGAUCCCUCAACCCUUUCUAGCCCUCCCACUUCCUGUCCUUGCAAUGGAUCAGCGAACCAUGGUGACGUCCCUUACGCGGUUAAUGUUGUGCUUAGGUCAUCAAAAUCCACAGAGAGCUCCACUUUGGUUCACACAGCUCCCGCUGCUGCGCUCAUACCACAGGUCAUAUCAUAUCCUCCAGCAGUUGAACAGAGUUCAGGGAGCCAAGAUAACAAAGCCGUAGAUUUAUUACCUACGGAAAAUGAAGCUAACAAAGUGUCAAGAAAAAUUUGUAAAAAGACAUCAAUGUUCCAAGUGGAUCGAGACAUUCAACGGGACCAUACUUCAGUGCCUGCUCUGUCCGCAAAUAUCACCCAAGCAGAGGAAUCUGCAGAAUACAUAACAGGACCCUCAAGUUGUAAGACCUGUCUUUAUAGUCUUCAAAAGAAAGAAAACAACGAACGAACAACAGACACUGCAUUCUCUACAGACCACACCCCGCGUCCAAAGUCCCCCACAAGUGGGUUUCAAAGCCUUUUUUUGUGCCCGCCAGGUCUGACAUUCGCUCCAAAACACUCUCCACCCUUCAAAUCCCAUCCAUUGUAUGUGCCAUGUGAUUUUCAUACUCCAAGUAUGUCACCUCAGAUGUCCACGCAAUUAAAAGAGAGUGCUGCUUUGGCUGCUGCAUCUGCCAAGCCCUUCUCUGAUAUUAUUGCUUCUGAGAAACCUAACUAUCACCUUUCUGUGGUGUGUCUAUCUUCCAAAAACACACCUUCUGCUUUCGAUUCAGGGGCACCACAGGCAUUUUCUUCUAGAACCACAACCCAGGAUAAAACUGAUUGUCUUGACUCGUUGGCACGUGGAUGUAACAUAACCUUAAAAACACCAUUUAAAAAACUUUUUGUGAGCAUUGUAGACACUCAGAGUUCAACACAAGAUAGUGAGACAACCUCAUCCAGUCACAACUAUACUCAGUAUGUUUCUGCUUCUCCCAAGUCUACUUACGUCAAAUGCCAGGAUUCUUCCAUCAAAAGAACAGCUGAAUUAGAUCAGGCUUUUGCAAGGUCUCUGCCGAGCCUUUUUGCCACCCCUCUAGGUGAACUUGAGGCUCCUAUCUCUUUCGUCUCUGCACCUAGCAUGUCUCAGGGAAACCAUUUUCACAAGGCAAGAGAUACAGCAGCUCCUUUGUUAGAUGCCGCUCAAAGGGAAGCUCCUCUUCCAAAGCUUGUCACUGAUUGUGUCACUCAAGUCCCACAAGCAUCCUCCUCCACAGAAAACGAUAUAAUAGUUGAUUCAAAGCCGCAAAACCUAAAGAAUCAACAGUCAAGGUCAUAUACAUCAGCAACCCAACAGAAGUUACCUGUCAAGCCACCCUACGUUGAUUCUUCACCAGCAGCGACAACAAAUUCAGUCCUAAAAACGCUCUUCCUGUGCCUGAGCCCGUAUAAACAAGACAAACAGUAACUGGAUUGUUACAGUAGAUAGUGUUAUGUUUCUCCUGAGUAAAAUUCAGGCCAGUGGAUUUGGAAGCCCAAAUAACCCGUUUGGACUCCCCACCACCUCCACCCUGGCACCCGUCUCCCCAUAGGUGAAUGCCCAGGAAAUCAUACCGUCUGCAAUCCGACCGCUACAUGACGCCGCUUGCCAAAUCAUGACUUUUGGAUACUGUGCAAUGGAAUUCAAUAUACUACCCCCCCCAGCAACAGUAAGAUUACCUAACCUGUGUUAAUGCAAAUAUUACAAUUUUCAAAUAUGCUUGCCUAACCUGUGAUGUAAUGCAAAUAUAACAAUUUCUUGAUAAAGCAAAACUAUCAAUUAAUGUGAACUCACCACUUUUGAGGUUGGGGACAGUGAUCAGAUCACUACCCAGAGACGUGUAUAUUUUAUUUUAUUUCCCCUUCAUACAAAAAUUUGCACAUUGCACAAGCACUUUUUUGAGGGGCCUCAGUUGACGCCUAAGACUUUAAAAUUCAGUGUUUCUUGUAGGUGCUGCGAUGUGUAUCAUUAUUGUAUUACUGUAUAUUGAAUGAUCUUUUAUAUUGUGUUUUCUUUCUGAGCAUAAUUUAUAAAGUAAUCUGAAUAAAAUCUAAUCUUGAAAAUCAA